AUGAGCACCCCUGAGAGCAUUGUUUUGACGAGCGGAACGAAGCGGCGCUCGCGAGGUGGCUGCGGACGGUGCCGGAAGCGGCGGCAGAAGUGCGACCAGGCGCAGCCGUCAUGCAGUCGCUGCAGUGACGCCGAAACGAAAUGUGCGUACCAGCUGCACAUCCGAUGGGGCGGGCGCGACUUCAGUCGAUCAUCUUUUGGCAAAUGUGGAGCACAGAGGAUUGGUAAGAGGCAGAUUGUUGUAUGUCAGGGUUCUACUCCGUAUUCCAGGUCGAAUCAAGUGCAGACUGACAUGCCGAAAGAGUUGGAACCAGGCAAGUUUGUCUAUGGGGCCAAAGAUGGCAAAGUAGUCCGUUCAACGAAGCAAGACACGGAGAAGUGUCAGAGAAAGCAUCUGCAAACACCUCCGCGCCCGCUUCUACACCAGCACAGCCCAGCGGCUGUGCCUGUUCCUCGAGUAUUGCCAGAACGGCCGGACAUUGAGCCGCAGGUCAGGGCUCAGCUGCACUACUUUGUGCACAAGGGCUCAGCUGCAAUAUUGACACACCGACAGAUCCAAGAGGAGGCGUGCAGUGCACUGAUACCGGCAGCCCUGAUGGCGCCAGCUCUACUGUAUGCCAUCUCGGCUUUUGCCGCAGCGCAGCAGGCGACAUAUGCACACGACGCACACGACCGCAUGCGGCUCAACAUGGACGAGCUGCAGUCACGCAUGCGCAGCAUUCGGAUCCUGCAGGAAGGCAUGGCUGGUGGACAGGCGACGAGCCCGGCGGUGGUCUUGGGUUCCAGUCUGAUGCUGUGUCUCUGUACGCUUUACGGUGGCAACGACGACUACGGCUCAUGGCGUAUUUAUUUGCAAGGUGCUCGGGCUGCCUUUGCGGCUUCGUGUUCUCGGGGAGGCGAGCGAAGCGGCAAUGAGAGCAACAAAGGGCGGAUGUCAGGGGGGGAAGCAGAGAACGGAAAUAAUCCGCUGGCUCGGUAUCUACGGAAACGCUACAACUUGCUGGAGGUACUGGCCAUGCUGUCGACCAACAGCUUCGAGGCGUUGGAGCUUGGCGACGGUGACAAGGACUACGACUACGACUACAACAAGGCGUCUUUGAGAGGCGACACGCCCGAGCCACCCCAAGUAUUCUUCGACGAUCAUGUGGCCUGCUAUACGGACCUAUUCAACCUACUACGAGUCAUCGGCGCUGUGGCGUGGGAACGACGACAGAGGAAACGGCAGGCAGAACAAGAUCAGCAAGCCGGAACAGGCAAGAACAGUGGUAGCUCGUCCCGGACGGCGCCGGCCAACAAUCUGCUCUCGGAGGCUGACUUUGCGGCCGAGGCUGACAACCUGGAGACAGAGGUGCGGCGGAUGAUGGCGCGCAAUCGGAAAACACCACCGGUGCUGCGACCGAGCGUCCGGGCGGCUCUGGACCCGUCGCAGAUUGCCGAGUUCGCGCUCUGCAAUGAAGUGCACGAGCAGUACGCACUGUUGCAGAUCCGGGCAGAGAUCCGGGGCUGGCCAUCCGACGACCCGCGAGUGCAGCAGCCGGUGCAGCAGAUCCUGGAGCUGGCCACGCGCAUGCAGCUGCGGUCCGGUCUGUCGCCGGCACUGGGCCUUAACACGCCUCUGUUCGGAGCUGGCCAGCAUGCCACGACGUUGGCACAGCAGGAGACCGUCCGCAGCCUGUUGGAGGGCCUAUACACCAAGACGCACAAUCGGAAUUUGUUAUUGGCCGUACGCCGGCUUCAGGCUGACUACUGGGAACAGCCGGCACCACAGGCAGGCUCUUGGAGACCAGUCCUGCCGUGUCUAGACUUUAUUGCAUAUUAA